AUGGCUUCCAACAGUAACGAGGGAGGCCCAGCGCAGGAGAAGAUCAACACCGACAUCAUCACCCUUACGCGAUUUCUCACCGAGGAGCAGACCAAGUACGCCGAGGCGACGGGAGAUUUCACACUGCUAUGCCACGCACUGCAAUUUGCAUUCAAGAGCAUUGCCUACUACAUCCGGAGAGCGACAUUAAUCAACCUCACUGGUCUCCAAGGCGCGACCAACUCCACAGGCGACGACCAAAAGAAGCUCGACGUAAUCGGAGAUGAGCUCUUCAUCACCGCCAUGCGCUCCUCAGGUCGCGUGCGCCUCCUGAUUUCUGAAGAGCAAGAAGAAGCAAUUGUCUUCGACGAGUACCCCAACGCACGUUACGCUGUAGCCUGCGACCCCAUCGACGGUUCCUCCAACCUUGACGCCGGUGUCGCAGUUGGUACAAUUUUCGCGAUAUACAAGCUGCCAGAGGGCGCCAAGGGCACAAAGGAGGACGUGCUCCUACCUGGCACCGAGAUGGUUGCUUCAGGUUUCACCAUGUACGGCGCCUCCGCUCAGCUGGUCCUCACAAUGAAGGGCGGAAACGUCAACGGCUUCACACUCGACACUGCAUUUGGCGAGUUCAUCCUCACACAUCCCGACAUGAGGGUCCCUAAGACCAGGUCCAUCUACUCAGUCAACGAGGGUAACAGCUUGUACUGGGAAGAGCCUGUCAAGGCUUGGUGUGAAAGCCUCAAGAACCCACAAGAGGGUGGCAAGCCCUACAGCGCGCGUUACAUUGGAUCCAUGGUUGCAGACGCAUAUCGAACACUAUUGUACGGCGGUAUCUUUGCUUACCCUGCGGAUAAGAAGACUCCCAAGGGCAAGUUGCGUAUUCUCUACGAAUGUGCCCCCAUGGCCAUGGUUUUCGAAAACGCUGGCGGUUUGGCAGUAAACAGCAAAAUGGACCGUAUGCUCGAAGUUGUUCCCGAACACAUCCACGACCGAUCGGGUAUCUUCUUGGGUUCAGAAGGCGAAGUCCAAAAGGUCAUCGAUGCGCACAAGAACUACAAGAAAUAG